AUACAAACUACAAAGACAUUACAAUUUAUAAAAAUAUAAAAUAUUUCAUACUUAUAUUUAUGUUUAAUAAAUUAUAUACAUACGUACAUGAGAAAUUAUUAAAACAAAAAAAAAUUGAACAGAAAGAAGUUGUAAAAAGGAAAAUUGGAAUAAUUUUGUUUUUAUUAUAAUAUAUAAAUAAAGGAUAGAAUCAACAACAAAAUGAUGAUGAACAACAGCAGUAUAAUGUCUUCAAUACAAAAUGGCAGAAAUAACAACAGCAGUAGUAGUAGCAACUGUAAUGGCAACAGCAACAUUAAUAACAUGAACAACAACGGCAAUGCAAUUGUUGUAAAUAGCAAUAACCUUGCUAAUAAUAUUACCGGCAACAGCAGCAACAAUAACAACAGCAAUAAUAAUAAUAAUAAUGGUAGUAGCAACAAUCGUGAAUUUGUAGAGGGAUGGACGCUUGCGCAAACUCUCGGUGAAGGUGCCUACGGCGAAGUUAAAUUGCUAAUUAACCGACAAACUGGUGAAGCAGUUGCUAUGAAAAUGGUUGAUUUAAAAAAACAUCCGGAUGCUGUGCUAUCCGUACGUAAAGAAGUUUGUAUUCAAAAAAUUUUACAAGAUCAACAUGUGUUAAGAUACUUCGGAAAAAGAUCACAAGGCGAUAUUGAAUAUAUAUUUUUAGAAUAUGCCGCUGGUGGUGAAUUAUUUGAUCGAAUUGAGCCAGAUAUUGGUAUGCCGCAACAUGAAGCUCAACGUUAUUUUAAUCAGUUAUUAUCUGGAGUUAAAUACUUACAUUCACGUGGUGUGGCACAUCGAGACUUAAAACCAGAAAAUUUACUGUUAGAUGAGCAUGAUAACAUUAAAAUAUCAGAUUUUGGCAUGGCAACCAUGUUUAGAAUGAAAGGUAAAGAAAGAUUAUUGGACAAACGAUGCGGGACACUUCCAUAUGUAGCACCAGAAGUAUUAUGCAAACCUUAUCAUGCACAACCAGCUGAUUUAUGGUCGUGUGGUGUCAUACUUGUUACAAUGUUAGCAGGUGAAUUACCAUGGGAUCAGCCGUCAACAAAUUGUCAAGAGUUUUUGAAUUGGAAGGAAAAUGAUCGAUGGUCUACAGCAACACCAUGGAGCAAAUUGGAUACAUUAGCGAUUUCGUUACUUAGGAAAGUUUUAUCAGUAAAUCCACCAAGCCGUUUAAAAUUGGAUAUUAUUUUAGAACAUAAAUGGUGUCAAAUUCAAUUUACUGAUUCAGAUCUUAAAUCAAUCGAUAUAACCAGUUAUGGUAUAUCACCAAAAGCCAAACGACAACGUUCAACAUUAGAUAUAUCAAAUCAAUAUGAUGAUUCAAUAACUCGAAAUUAUUGUUCCCAACCAAUGCCAAUUAUUAAAUGUGAUAAUAAUGAAUUCUUUCAACAUGGUGACAUACAUAGAAAUGGUGGACGUACUGUUAAUAAAGGAGAUGAAAAUAAUCCAAAUUAUACAGGAUUCUGUUUUUCACAGCCAGCAUUAUUGGAUGAUUUAAUAUUAUGCUCUCAAAUGAAUUCAACACAAACAGCUAGUCAAAAUGUAUUCCAAAGAUUAGUCAGACGUAUGACCCGUUUCUUUGUUAAAACUAAAUGGGAUGAAUCUAUUAAACAUUUGACGGAAGCACUUGAUAAAUUAGGUUAUACAUGGAAAAUGAGUGACGACUCAAUAAUAACAAUAUCUACAAUUGACCGAAGAAAAUUACGUUUAGUUUUUAAGGCACAUAUAAUUGAAAUGGAUAAUAAAAUUUUACUAGACUUUAGGUUAUCAAAAGGUUGUGGAUUAGAAUUCAAACGACGUUUUAUAAAAAUUAAGCAGACUUUAGAGGAAUACGUCCUUAGAGGGCCAAUUAGUUGGCCAAUUGCUAUUGCGACUAACUCUGUGCCUUAGAGUAUAUAUUUUUAAAAUGGAUGAUCAUAUUAAUUAUUUUCCUAUUUAAAUAUGUUAUAAUGUUACUACAUUUUCAAGCUAAAAAUUGUAUUUAAUUAUUUUGUAAAACUUAUUUUAAAUUUUGGAAAAAACUGUACAAUUAUAAGUUUGUUAAACAAUGUACAUGAUAGACAAAUUCUCUCGUUCAUGAUCGUUUCGCUUAGUUCGUUGAUUUGAGGUUUAUGAAAUAUAAUGUUUAGAAAAAAUUUUUUAUUAAUAAAAGACUUUUCAC